AAUUUGAAAUUUGAAAUGACGCCCCCAAAACCCUUGUGAGUGGCGUAAGCGCGCCUCCCAACAAAGUCCCUGAUGGAAGCUCAUCUCAUCUUAUAUAUAGUUUGUUGAGAAACACCAAACACCCUUCAUUGGGUCUCACACACAAUAACGAGCCAUUCUCAGAUCCAAUCACCAAUUCAAAUUUUAAUUUUUAACUUUUUCUCUUUUGAGUUUUGACAGAACCCUUCACACUCAAAUUUUAACUGUAAGCUCCCUUUCCUCUCUUUACGAUUCUUGGGUUGUCGAUUUUCUUCACAGAUUUACUAGCAUUGCUAUUGAUAUUGAAUGGAGUCUCUCCCAGAUGCUAUUGUUCAAUACAUAUUGUCGUACAUGAAUAAUGCCCGAGAUGUGGCACUUUGUAACUGUGUAUCCAAGCGAUGGAAGGACUCAAUUCCAUAUAUACGGAGCCUUUUCUUCCCUAGGAACUCCUUUGAUAAUCUCACAGGCAGUGACACUCCUGAUGACAUUGUAUUGAAGAUGAUUUCUCUGAUUGAAAGAUUGGAAAAUCUUGUUGUUUAUAGCCCAUUUUCGGGUGCCGGGCUUGCUUCAUGGUUGACGCUGAUAGGUCCCUCCCUCAGGUAUCUUGAGCUUCGAAUGGACAAUCUUGCUGAACAAGAGGUCUGCAAUGAACGCCCUUCGAAAUUGGAUUGCUUAACUGCUGCAAAGAGUUUGGAGUCUUUAAAACUUUGGGGAGUCUUAAUGACCCGUUCCCCCAAGUGGGAUGUCUUCCAGAAACUCAAGAACCUUGAAAUUGUUGGUGCAAGGUUGGAGGAUCCUGCGCUGUCAACCGUUCUUCAGGCCUGUCCUAAUCUGACCAAACUGUUGCUGCUUGGUUGCGAAGGAGUCGUUGCAGUUUCAAUUGAGUUGCCACAUCUGGAGCAGUGUAAGCUAGACUUCUACGGCUUGGGCAAUUGCUCAUUUUCUAUGAACUGCCCAAAAAUUGAGGUCCUUGAGGUGCAAGGAUGUAGUUGGAUUCGGGUUCAGAAGACAAAGCACUUGAGGAAUCUUUCAAUUGCCAAUAAUGCAGGGAGAGUCUACAUGGUUGAUUUUGAAAAACUUGUGGCUCUGGAGUCCUUAUCCAUUAGGGGCGUCCAAUGGUGUUGGGGUGCAAUAAGCAGUAUGCUGCAGUGGGCAAGCGAAGUAAAGCACCUCUAUAUGAAGGUGGAAUUCACAGGAGAUUUCGAGACUCUUCAACCCUUUCCAGAGGUUGACUUUGUUGAUUUUUUUAAUAAUCAUCCAAAGCUGCAAAAUUUUGACAUCCAUGGAGCCAUGUUUGCAGCUCUUUGUCAGAAGAACAGUCUGAAAAAUGUUGAUUCAGGAUUUCUAAUUCCUUGUCUGGAGUCAGUGGUGAUCACAGUGCGAUCACCACUGAAUGCUGAACAGAAAAUGAGCACUCUUGAGUCCUUGUUGAAGUAUGGGAAGAAUCUCAAGAGCAUGGUGAUCAAGGUUCUUCAGAUGAAGAGUAACCAUAGCAGCGCAGAUGAUUUCUUUGAUGAGAUAUGCAGGUUUACAUGCAUGAACCGAAAGAUAGUUAGAAUAGAAUAAAGCUUACUUGGGAGUACACUUGCUCAGUUUUCCUCUUUUAUUUCACAUCAUUCCUUCAAUUCUCUGAUUUCAGCUUUGACUGCUAAUUUUGGUUGGAACUAUGAUCAUUAUUCAUCGAAUGGAUUAGAUAUUCAGAUAAAAUAAGUUUCUGGCUUUGUCUA